AUGGGCGUUUCCAGCACCAAGCGCAGGGCUAAAGUGCUUCGUAUCGUCAUGCCGAAGAGAUCUGCCACCAGCUCAGCGGCAGUUUCUUUGCCAGAAGGGCCGCAUUGCUGGUUCUUCGCCAAGCUGCCUGCGGAGUUUCGCGAGAAGAUCUACGUCGAAGUCUUCAGAUCAUUCCCAACGCUACUUUUGCAGCGCAAGAGGCAGAAGAAGCAUAAGCCGAAUACCAUUCAGUGCACGGUUCCAAUCGGCCGGAGACAGAGGGACAAGACUUCGCCAAACUGGAGCAAAAGCAACACUGGCAUAUUGCUCGCGAGCAAGGCAUGUUACAACGAAGCAUCCAAGUGUCUUUAUGGUAACUUGUCCAUCGUAUUCGACAAGCCUUUCUCGAUCAACUACGCCUUCCUUCGUACCGUCACGGCGCCUUCGCUGGCAUGCAUCAAACGCAUCACAAUUCAGCACCGGACGACACUCCUUGGGCGAGGGGGUGGGAAUACCCAGCAAGCUACCAAGAACGAAGCCUCCGAGACGGUCAUGUGGGCUCGCAUUGUGAGCUGCAUGACCGGGCUCGAUUCGCCCCACAUCAAGCUUUCCGUUCAGCAGUAUCACAACCAUAUCGUGCCGUCCUUCGAUGACGACUGGGGUCGAGGCGAUCCUGACACCUUCUACUCCGUCAACCAGCUGAACAGCAUUCAUUGGCUUCAGCCUUUACGGACAUUCUGUGCUCUUCAACCCCAGCUCAAGAAAGUCCGCGUCGACAGUUGGGACGAGCCACAUCACCACAUGCGGGCUACCACGUUCAUGGGCUACAGAUACGACAAGGCCGUGUACUCGCUCCCGGGUCAGACGUACGAAAAUGCCCACGACGAGGUGCGUGGGAAGUGGUGUUGCUUCUACAAAGCUCUGCAUGCUUCCAUGGGCCGAGCCAUCCGGGACAUCAUCUUGGGGAAAGAGGAGCCUUGGGCCGAGCAUUUGGUUGUGCUGACCAAGUAUGAGAUGUUCAGGCUGGACCAGCAUGGCAGUACGGGUCUCUUCAAGGAUGAUGCGGAGGAGGCCAGAGCUAUGCGGAGAGAGAUUGAUUGA